GUAGGACUAAGGGUUUUAGUCUGAGGCUGUAGUCGGAGUGUGAUCUUUAUUUUCACGGUUCACUUUUCAAUUUGUUAUUUUCUAAGUAAUUUUGUGGGAGUAGGAAUAGGGAAUAGUUUCAACUUGCAUGCUUUAAUUAUUUUACCUUAGUUGUUGGUCUUAAUUCGUCUAAUUACGAUAAGUGUAAUAUAAUUGAUAAUUUCUUUUUUUAUUUGUUGUUAUUGUUUCUUGGAUACAAUGGUUACAAUCGUUCAAAUAAAAGGGUUCGAUGACUUUGCAAAAUAUAUUGCGAGUAUUUCUUCUAGUAGCCCUUUAGUACUGUUUUACUUUAGCGGCUCAAAAUUGCCGAACGGCAGUAGUUGGUGUUCGGAUUGUGUUGAAGCUGAACCUGUGGUCAAAGCAUUUCUAACAGAGGUGAAGAAAGAAGCAACAUUUGUUUAUGUGGAUGUUGGAGAUAGGGAAUACUGGAAGGACAAAGCUUGUCCAUUCAGAACAGACAAUCGAACAAAGCUGAUGGUGAUUCCCACUAUAAUUAAAUGGAAGGGAGUGCAAAGGUUGGAAGGCAGCCAGUGUUCUAAUCGAGAACUAUUGCAAAUGCUAUUCGAAGAAGACGACUAGUAAAGUUUAAGUUUAAAGCUUAUUAUGAUAUGCAUAUUAAACAGUAAGAGAAAAAGAUCUUGGAAGGAACAGCAGUUUUUCAAUGUUAUUUGAUUGUGGUGCAUAAAAUUCGAAAAGGAAGGUUUCUUAUUACAAUAUGUGAGACUUUAUAUCCAAGUAAACAUAUAAUUUGUUAUCGGUUCAGCAGAUUUAAAUGCUUACAUUUUAUUUGUUAUUGUUAAAAUUUUUCAUUGGGGUGCUUAUAUAUCUUUAUAGACGCAAGAAUCUUUUAACAAUAACAAAACCAUUUCCCUAAUUAUUCGUACAAUUGAUGUGAAGUCGUUUUCAUAUUUUAUUAACACUUUUUAUUUUCGUAAUCGAUUUCAUUGAGUCUGCAUUAAUUCUGCAUAUGUUUAGUUUUAUCUUUUUCCUUUACUCAAGUUAUGAAGCUAUUAUGAAUUAAUUAUCUUGUUGCCACAUUAAAAACUUAUAUCCAAAUGUAUUUUUAAUCUCUUUGAAUGUAUGAUAGUCAUAAAAAUAUUUUAUUCUGUAAAUUUAAUCAUAAGAUGAUAACUUUUUGAAUAAAAGCCUUUGCAUUUAAUUA